AUGGCCAGGAUUGUGGGUUUGUUCCAGAAAGGAGUGAGCAGGUGUUGCGGCCGCAGAAAUGGGGCGCCGAUCCUCUGGGGCAGCAGGUUCUCCACAGCGCCUGCUGUGGAGCAUGGUGGCCCAUCGGGGAUUCCGAGGGACGCGUCUGCGACCAACAUCAAGCAGGAUGUCUCCCAGGCAUACUUCCCUAAUAGCCAUACCUGGUCGAACAGCUCGAAGUAGAAGAUCGAUGUUGAUCCGCCCUCCCCGCCUUGGAGUGAUCCGAAAGAUGGAUUUCCUCCACGGAGACGAAGUGGUUAUCGUUUUUGAUUUCGUUUUCCCCCUCGAACUUUCCGACAGCUCAUUGGGAGGACUCCGCUGGUCUACCUGAAUAAGGUGUGCGAGGGAUGCGAGGCUCGGGUAGCCGCCAAGUUGGAGAUGAUGCAGCCCUGCUCCAGCAUCAAGGACAGGUAGGGAUUCUCUCUGAUAGGGGCUGGGUUUUUCUCGUCGCUUCUCGUGUUUUUGAGAUGAGUUUCUUUUUUCUGCCCCGCGAAUUGUAGCUCACCAUCUGUUGAGUACUGUUCAUCCUCGAUAAUUCCCCUGGUUUACUCAUGUGUUUGUGAAAUCAGACCGGCGUUCGCGAUGAUAGAGGACGCGGAGAAGAAAGGCCUGAUAACACCUGGCAAGGUGACAGGGCUCGCUCCUCUUCUCUCCCAAUUUCCUCCCAUUUAGUCUCGAUUCUUCGACAUAACUGGCAAUGGUAAAUAGACUGUGUUGAUCGAGCCGACUUCGGGGAACAUGGGGAUCGGAUUAUCGUUCAUGGCGGCGCUUAAGGGCUACAAGCUGGUCCUCACCAUGCCCUCCUACACGAGCAUGGAGCGGAGGGUGACGAUGCGGGCGUUUGGGGCCGAGUUGGUUCUGACGGACCCCGCCAAGGGGAUGGGGGGCACCGUCAAGAAGGCCUACGAUCUCAUGGAUGCCUACCCGGACGCAUUCAUGCUCCAGCAAUUCGAGAAUCCUGUGAAUACCCAGGUGAUUAAGCUCCACCUCUGACAUGGGAGCUCGUCUUUUCCCUACGUUUCUCCAUCUCCCCAUUCAUGUGAAGGCUGUUGAUGAGAUUAUCUCUCACUCAUGGUUUCUUCUUUAAAGAGCUUGGUGACUUCUUGGCUCUGAGGUUAUUUCACGGUUGAUCUAUAGAACUCUGCUGGUGUUUUCUUUCGUGCAAGCUGUUCUAAUCACAGAGGAAAACCCAGGUGCAUUUUGAGACCACGGGACCGGAAAUCUGGGAGGAUACUCUCGGCCAAGUGGACAUCUUUGUGAUGGGGAUUGGCAGCGGAGGCACCGUCUCUGGCGUUGGGAGAUAUCUCAAGUCCAAGAACCCUGAUGUGAAGGUACUCUUCCUUCUCACGACCAUCUAUUCACUUGGCACUGCGAUCUUGAAGCAUCUUCAGCAGAUAGCCAAUCUCUCAGUCGACUUGCAGCAAGAUUUGCAGAUUCAUUACAUUGGGCCCAUGUUCUUGAGCAUCCUCUGUCGAUUUUUCCUUGUUAGUACUUAAUCCAUCUUAUUACUUUAAUCUUCUUGUCUGUAGAUAUAUGGGUUGGAGCCCGCAGAGAGCAAUAUACUGAAUGGGGGUAAACCAGGUGGGUAUUGAUCUCCAUUUCAUUAAAAUCUCCUUGUUUUGUAUGAGAUUAGAUCGAUCCUAGAACUCCUACGAACAGCUUUCCCUCAAUUGGGUGGGCAGGCCCUCACCACAUCACCGGCAAUGGAGUCGGCUUCGUGCCAAAGAUCUUGGACUUGGACGUCAUGGAAGAGGUCCUCGAGGUUGCUCACCGCGCCACUCAAACAGUCUUCUGCUUGGAUGGCAGCUUUCUGCAUCAAGAACUCUGGAUUACUAUUUUUUUUUCUAAUUUUCGAGAGCAUGUGGCGACAGGUGACCAGUGACGACGCGGUGAAGAUGGCCAGAGAAUUGGCUCUCAAGGAGGGCCUUUUAGUAAGCCCUCUCUAUAAUCUGCUGCAUCAAGAAUCAUUGAUCGCUCAUGUGGUUUCAUAGUCUGAUGAAGAUUCUGGGCAUAUCGGCUUCUGGGUAAGAACCCAUGGAUGAUGGGUUGAUGAAUUGGGGGCUUCUCUUUGUGUUUCAGGUGGGAAUAUCCUCUGGAGCAAAUACAGUCGCAGCGCUGAGGCUCGCCAGGAGGCCAGAGAACAAGGGGAAGCUCAUCGUGGUAUUUCAUUUGCUUCUUAGAUUCCUUCAUUUCAUGUCGGGUAUAGAACUGACUGCUCGACCCCACUUCCUCUACUCCAGUCUCACCCCCUCCCCCCUCCCCGCCGUCUCUGUCUCUGUCUUUGUAUACAUGCAUGCAUCUGCGCAGUCAUUGUCGCUAGAACAUGCCAAGAGAAACCUAGCCUCUCUCUCUCUCUCUCUCUCUCUCUUUCUCUUCUCCGUUUAGUAGUUUCUAUAAGAUGAAAAGAGACGACCCACCUUCACCCUCUUAAUUAUAGAACUAACUGCUUGGAUUCAUUUCUUCAACUCCAAUUAUUUCCCCCCCUCCGUCUCUCUGUCUCUGUCUCUGUCUCUGUCUCUCUUUAUAUACAUGCAUGUAUCUGUGCAGUCAUUGUCGUUAGGACAUGCCAAGAAAUAUCUAGCCCCUCCCUCUUAUCUCUCUCUCUUCUGUGUUUAGUAGUUUCUGUAAGAUGAAAAGAGACGACCCACCUUCACCCUCCUCUUCAGCGGUUGAGAGGGUUGACUCGCCCUCUCUCUCUCUCUCUCUCUUCUGUGUUUAGUAGUUUCUGUAAGAUGAAAAGAGACGACCCACCUUCACCCUCCUCUUCAGCGGUUGAGAGGGUUGACUCGCCCUCUCUCUCUCUCUCUCUCUCUCUCUCUCUCUCUCUCUCUCUCUCUCUCUCUCUUCUGUGUUUAGUAAUUCGGUAAGAUGAAAAGAGACGAACCCACAUUCACCCUCCUCUUCAGCGGUUGAGAGGGUUGACCUGCCUUCUCUCUCUCUCUCUCUAUAUAUAUAUAUAACACUCUCUGUGCCUUCUCUAAUGGGUUCUCCUUCUGUUGUUGUAGACUGUUCAUCCGAGCUUCGGGGAGAGAUACCUGUCCUCGGUGCUGUUCCAGGGGCUCAGGGACGAAGCUGAGAAGAUGCAACCUGUACCAGUCGAGUGA